AUGAUAAAUACUUUCAAUAGAUAUAAAUCCAAAUUUAAUUCACAUUUUUCCAGGUUUUCAAUGUCAACUUCAACUAGACCAAUUGUUAUUUCAGGUCCAUCAGGAACUGGUAAGUCAACUUUAUUAAAAAAAUUAUUUGCUGAAUAUCCGGGUAAAUUUGGUUUUUCAGUUUCAAAUACAACUAGAAAACCAAGAGAUGGUGAAGUUAAUGGAAAAGAUUAUAAUUUUUCAACAGUUGAAGAAUUUAAACAAUUAAUUGAUGAAAAAAAAUUUAUUGAAUGGGCACAAUUUUCAGGAAAUUAUUAUGGAACUACUAUAAAAGCAGUUAAAGAUGUUGCAGAUAAAGGAGUUAUUUGUUUAUUAGAUAUUGAUAUGCAAGGAGUAAAAUCAGUUAAAAAAACUGAUUUAAAUGCAAGAUUUUUAUUUAUAAGUCCACCUUCAAUUGAGGAACUAAGAAAAAGAUUAACUAGAAGAGGUACAGAAACCGAUGAAAGUUUAGAAAGAAGAAUUAAUGCUGCAAGUGACGAAAUGGAAUAUGCUAAAUUACCAGGUUCUCAUGAUAAAAUAAUAAUAAAUGAGGAUUUAGAUAAAGCUUAUGAAGAAUUUAAAAAGUUUAUACUUGAACAAGAAUAG